AUGCGUCUGUCCCGCUCCUUGUUCGUGGUUCUUGCAUCCAUCCUCGUCGCCGAUGGUGAAGCCGUCGAGUCCGGUCAAACGGACAAGCAACAUAGGGCGCUUCGCUCAGCUGACGCGGAGGCGACCAAUGCCCAGCGGAACCUUGCUCCCAUCUCGACAUGGCUGAGUCAGUGGAUGGCGGGGAGAAUGUCGUGA